GCGGCCUUUCUGUUUCCUGUCGUUGUUUGAGGCCGGACGUAUUUUGAAGGCUCACCGCCGUCAUGGAGGAUGUACCCGUGCGUGUUUUGGAGUACUUGACAGAAGUUGAGGAGGCAGCUGAGGAUGUCCUCACCACCAAACAACAAAUAGUGGACCUGGACACCAAGAGAAACAGCAACAGAGAGGCGUUGAACGCACUGAAAAAUGAAAUGUCCGAUACAGAUAAGGUGAAGGUUUGCUUCGGCAGCUUGUUCAUUAAACUUCCCAAAUCAAAGACGAGAGAGAUGAUCCAGAAAGACCAAGAGCAGCUGGACAAAGAGAUAAACGACCUCCGCGCGGGACUCAAAGCAAAGGUCAACCUUCUAAAUGAGAUGCAAGGAAAACCUGAGCUGAGAGGCUACAAUCUUUCUCCUCUGUCCGCCGAUGAAGUCCGAGCUGUUAACAGCCUCCUGAAGAGAUGACGUCGGAUCUGCUGACUGCCGACGGGGACGUAAGAGGCUGACUGACAGCAGGGAGGCAGUCAACAUCUCCAUCACCUGCCUUUAGGACAUGUGCUUUUUCUUGUUGCCAAAACAAUGUGUUCUUGGUCUCAAAUCUACAAAAACAGCGUAGUUAAUGCAGAAAGUGUCAUUUAGCCACUCCUACUG